CUCUCUCUGGAGCUCUCCUUCUCGUGAAUCUCGUACGAGCUUACCUUCUGUUUCUCGGUCUCAGGACUGUUAAAGGCGGUUGUAUGUAUGCGAAUAUGCACGGGACUUUUUCAUGCUGUGUUCAACCGGUUGAAUGAUUUCAUGCUAUCAGAGAUUAUCCGAUUGGUCUGACAAUGGGAAGUACUGCCGGCAACAAAACUGCUCUGGUCGAUGGGACCGGAGGUUUGGAAACAACAAUUGAAAUAAAAAUAAAAACAUUGGACUCUCAAACCUAUUCGUUGAGAGUGGAUAAACAGAUGCCGGUUCCUGCUUUGAAGGAGAGGAUAGCUUCUGUUACUGGUGUUUUAUCAGAACAACAACGUUUGAUUUGCCGUGGAAGGGUUUUAAAGGAUGAUCAGCUCCUCUCAGCCUAUCAUGUUGAAGAUGGUCACACCUUGCAUAUGGUGGUCAGGCAACCCAUCCCACCACCAUCUGAUGGAUUUCCUAGUAAUCCUGCAAGUGAUACUGCCGCAGAUUCAGCUUAUGGUCAUGGGACUCGCAUUGGCCCAAGUGUCGUAAUCGAAACUUUCAGUGUCCCUGAUCAUGGGGAUGGAGUUCCUCCAGAAAUUAGUCGGAUUGUAUCUGCUGUUCUUGGUUCUUUUGGAUUUUCAAAUGCUAGGAGUCGCAGUGAAGGGGUUGACUCCAGGGAUCGUGAUCCACGACCAGGAGGUGCGAGUGUCGUGGCAGAUGCAUCUCAGUCACAACCUGAACAAGCUAGCGUGAGGGGUCAGUCUGGCAGAUUACAUACAGCUUUUGGACUUCCAACUGCAGUUUCAUUGGGGCCUCUACCACCUCCUGUGAUCACUGAUUCUUUGACAACUUUGUCCCAAUAUUCAAGCAAUUUGAGGCGUGAAUUUGAUGCAAUUGGCAGGGGUGUGGGCAACAAUGCUGAAGCAGCUUCCUUGCAUAGGACUGAGGAAAGAGAUUCUAGUUCCACAGCACAUCCUGGGAGAGUACAAGAAGGGCUUCCAACACCUGCAUCCUUGGCAGAAGUUAUGCUGUCAACAAGACAGUUGCUCAGAGAGCAAGUUGGAGAGUGCUUCUUGCAACUUGCAACACAAUUGGAGAAUCAAGGAAAUAUUACAGAUCCCUCAGCACGUAUGAGCACUCAGUCCAGUGCAUGGAGAACAGGAGUUCUCUUACAUAAUUUAGGAGCAUUUUUACUGGAACUUGGACGUACGACCAUGUCACUGCGAUUAGGCCAAGCACCGUCUGAAGCUGUAGUCAAUGCUGGUCCUCCAGUCUUUAUAUCGCCAUCUGGUCCGAAUCCUCUAAUGGUUCAGCCUCUUCCUUUUCAAGGCACAAGUUUUAGUGGCAUCCCCAUGGGAUCUGUGCAGCCUGGCUCUGAUUUAGCUAAUGGGAUCACUACUGGGUUUCUUCCAAGGCGUAUUGAUAUUCAAAUACGAAGAGGUUCAUCGACAGCUGCAGCACCUAGUGGUAAUCGAGAUGGCGGUGAUAAUCAGCAGCAAACAGUGCAGGGAAACCCAGCGAUAGGUUCUGGAAGUGAAACUGAUGGUAACCAGACAUCUUCGUUGGUUUCCGAAGGUCCAUCUCUUGCCGGGGAGCCGGGUGUAAGGGUGGUGCCAAUUAGGACUGUGGUUGCUGCUGUUCCUGGUUCCUUCAGUCGCCUACCUUCUGAUACAUCUGAAAACUCUAUUGGUUUAUUAUAUCCUCUUCUUGGAAGAUUCCAAAAUGUAUCUUCUGCACAUUUGGGUGGUGAACAGGGCUCUCAAGCAUCUGGGGAGCAUCAUCCUCCUGGUCUCCAGACUGGGCAACAGACUACUCCUGAAUCUGCUGUGCAACAACCAAACGACAAUGAUCACUCCAGAGGUGGAUCCUUACCAACUCCAGCUCCAAGACGGCCGGAGCCAUCAAAUCCCCGCAGUGUAAGCAUCAACAUCCUCUCAGCUGGUGGGACCCUAAACAGACAAGAACCUGAAGGGCAGAUCCCCAACAGUGUUUUUGAGUUUUUAAGGAACCUCGUUCCUGGUGGUGAGAUACAUGUAGAAGAUGCCAGCUCACAAGGAACAGCAACAGGUUCUGUUUCUGAGCAUGCAGGGAGAUCCAGUGCUCCUGUGGAAGCAGAACAUGGAGCAACAGAUGAAGGAAUAUUUUUGUCUAAUUUGCUUCAGGAGAUCAUUCCUUUCAUUUCUCAACAAGUAGACUCUGCGUCAACAAUUGUACCACAGGGAGAAACACUUAACCCUGUUCAUGGGAUGAGUCAGGAUUCUUCAACCCAGGCUGAGACAUCUGAUGUUGGAAGUUUACGUCGACAAAGUGAUAAUGAGCCAAGUCCUCCAAGUUCAAAACGUCAGAAGAUGGAGUAAUCUUUUUCAGGUGCAUGAGGUGUUAGGUGACGGAGCUGAUAGUUAUGUAAGUUGCGAUUAAAGAUUUUCGAGUGAAAUAAUGCAUCUCUUCGACAGGUGAAUGUGGCUUGUCUAGGUCUCUCAAAUGUUGUAUAUCAUGUUCUUUUUACUUCACAUGGGAAGAGGCAUCAUUCAUAAGUUAUAGGCAAUUUCUUGGGAUAAUUUAUUUGUAUUUCGUUUCUCAAUUAUAUAUUGGAAAGAUGUAUCAGCAAGUGUUAUCCGACUUUAAACUGGAUUCUAUCUUCUAAUGGCCCUGUCAUUGUCGAUUUAAGUGUUGCUCGAUUAGCUAUGGCCGAUGCUUGGUUAAACCAUAA